AUGGCUAAAAGAGCUCCUUUCACUUCAGAAGUUGCAAGUGCUCGAUGCUUCAAACCCACAGAUUUUGGGAAAGUAGUUUCUCGACAAAUUCAUAUCUUGUCCGAUGCCAGUUCAACAGGCUAUGGAGCGGUAGCAUACCUUCGUUUAUGUGAUGAGAAUGAUCGUAUCUAUUGUUCAUUCCUACUGGGUAAAGCUUGUCUAGCUCCCAUAAAGAUAGUUACGAUACCACGUUUGGAACUCACCGCCACGGCAAUAGCCGUUCGUAUCGGAGAGCUGUUAAAGAAUGAGUUGGACGAUAUCUUUGACAUGAAAUACCAUACCGAUUCCACAAACGUUCUUUGUUAUAUCAUGAAUGAGCAACAAAGGUUUCACGUAUUUGUGGCAAACCGUAUCCAAUUAAUUCGUAACUAUUCAGAUCCAAGUCAAUGGAGAUACGUUUCAACAGAUGACAAUCCUGCCGAUGAUACUUCACGAGGAACAAAUGGUGAACGACUAUCUCAACAGCGACAAUGGUUCGAAGGUCCAGAGUUCCUUUGGAAACCAGAACAUGAGUGCCCACAACAGCCAGUCGAUAUGGGUCAAAUUAAUGAAGAUGAUCCUGAAAUUAAACAGCAAGUUGAAAGUAAUAAAGCUGUAGCUGUAUUUCUCCGUAUAAAGAAGAUUCUACAAGAUAAAAUACAAGCUCUUUCAAGUGGAAAUGAUGAAAACUUCAGCGUGAAUAGUUACUCCAUACCCCUUUCUGUUAAAGAACUAGCUCAAGCUGAAAUUGUUAUCAUAAAGUUCAUCCAGUCAACUACGUUUCACAAAGAGAUGAUGUGUCUUCAGUUUCAGAAAAGCAAGAAAAGGAAUAUCAAGAAAAUCAGGUCGAUCUAUUGUCUCGACCCAUACCUUAAAGACGGAAUCCUAAGAGUCGGAGGCUGGCUUAACCGUGCAGAACUAUCGCCAGAAACUGCCCAUCCAAUUAUCUUACCUCACAAGAACCAUGUUACAACCCUUAUCAUACGUCAUUUAUACCGCCAGUUGGGUCAUGUUGGACGUAAUCAUGUUAUCUCAGCCAUUCGAGAAAAGUAUUGGCUGAUAAAAAUUAACGCCGCAGUACGGCGAGUCCUCUCCAAGUGCGUGUUCUGCCUUUUCUUGGAGUCCUCUCCAAGUGCGUGUUCAUCAUGGAAAGGUCAACAACCAGAAAAUGGCUGGUUUACCAGAAGACCGUAUUACUCCAGCACCUCCAUUUACUCAUACAGGGGUUGA